GCUUUAGUAUUAUUUGUGCUCUCAACAGUGUCGGAUACAAUCAACGGUUACUUGUUGUGUGUGGCGAUUUUUGUUUGUGAACGCUGUGUACGGAAAGCAGCAGCAGCAGCAUUUGAGUAGCUGAAUAAAGGCCAAAAAAAAGUAAGGCGGCUAAAAGCAAACUAACAGCAGUCGACCGUAUUUUACACACUGUGUGUAGUAAAUUUAUGAAAGAGUGCAGAUAAAAUUUAACAAAAAUGUGUACAAUUAGACUAAAGUAGUGUGCUUACUAACCAACAGUUAAACUAAUUAUUAAAAAAUUAAUAAGAAAAUGUCUGUCAGUUACUUGCAAUAACAACAACAAUAAAUAACUAAAAAUAAAUAAAAAAAAAGUUGUGCAAACUAUUUGCACAAACUUUUUUUUGCAACUUGUAGCGCAAGUUUGCGCAAACGUGCUUCUACGAAUAACAGUGCAGCAUUAAACAACAAGUGUUUACGAAAAAUAAUCAAACUUAACCACAAUCACUGUGUAAAUGGCAGCAAAUGCCAUAUAACAUCAACAACCCAAAAACAUUAGUGCAACAGUGUGGUAGUUACCACCAAGAUCCACCGCCAUUAGAAUAACAAUAAAAAGUGUGCAAUAAAGCAAGCAUUUUUAGCACAAAGCUGGUUGUAAAAGCCAAAUCUACAACAAUAACAACAAUUCGCAGUAGUGCAUUUAGUGUCAGCAGCCGCCUAUAGGCGACAACGAGACUUUAUUGUCAAGCGCUGCAGCAGAGCCAUCUUUAAUAUCAACAACAACAACGGAGAAACAACGCAGCAACAAAAUGUUUGCAAUGUGGAGAUACUUUUUAAUCGGACUCACAUUCUCCACACUAACCUCCUCACAGGCAGAUGAAUCGCUCGAUACGCGAGAAAAUGCCGAUCUGACAUUGAAAUGUCGCUUUACGGAAAAUUACGAUGCCAAUAAUUUCACAUUCUAUUGGGCGCGUUGGACCGCCAAUCCUGCGCAAUUCGAUAAUGUGGCCAUACAUGAUGUCUCGUUGAAUUCGGGCUACAAACCCGAUUACCGUCCGAAGCUCGGCAUUUACGAUUUGCAAAUUAAAAACGCUUCAUACAAUCGCGACAAUGGACGCUUCGAGUGUCGCAUUAAAGCGAAAGGUACGGGCGCCGAUGUCCAUCAAGAGUUCUACAACUUAACCGUCCUCACACCACCGCAUCCACCCGUCAUUUCACCCGGUAAUGUGGCCAUUGCCACCGAGGAUGUGAAAAUGGAGCUGACGUGCAGCAGUAUUGGCGGUUCACCGGAUCCAACGAUAACUUGGUAUCGCGAGGGCACCAACACGCCACUACAUGCCAUCGUGCGCUCGGGUGGCUCAAAGGAUCAGCCAACAAAUGCAACAUUAACAUUGCAACCGCGUCGCGAAGACGAUGGUGCUAAAUACAAGUGUAUCGUACGAAAUCGUGCAAUGAACGAUGGUCAACGUUUGGAAGCGACCGCUACAUUAAAUGUUAACUAUUUCCCGCGCGUCGAUGUUGGUCCGGAAAAUCCACUUCGUGUGGAACGUGAUCGUACUGCGAAAUUGGAGUGUAAUGUCGAUGCUAAGCCCAAAGUGCCUAAUGUGCGUUGGACACGCGAUGGACGCUUCAUUAGUUCCUCCCUAGUGCAUAGCAUACAACGUGUUAGCACGCAAGAUGCUGGCAAAUAUACAUGCUCAGCAGAUAAUGGACUUGGCAAAUCGGGUGAGAGUGUACUCAUAUUGGACAUCUUAUAUCCGCCAACGGUCGUUAUUGAGUCGAAAACGCGUGAGGCUGAGGAAGGCGAGACAGUUAAUAUCCGUUGCAAUGUAACCUCAAAUCCGCCGCCGAUUACCAUUGAAUGGCUGAAGGAGGGCUCACCCGAAUUCCGUUACUCGGGCGAAGUGCUCACCCUUUCAUCGGUACGUGCCGAACAUGCGGGCAGUUAUAUUUGUCGUGCUGUGAAUAUAAUCGAGUCAUACGGACAAGAACGUAGUGAACGUGUUGGUAAUUCGACUGUAGCGCUCUUGGUACGUCAUCGUCCCGGUCAGGCUUUCAUUACGCCGAAUAAACCGAUUGUGCAUGUCGGUAAUGGGGUGACGCUAACCUGUUCGGCAAAUCCACCUGGUUGGCCAGUGCCGCAAUAUCGUUGGUUCCGCGACAUGGACGGCGAGUACUCGAGCACACAGAAAGUCCUAGCACAAGGACCACAAUAUUCGAUACCGAAGGCACAUCUCGGUAAUGAGGGUAAAUACCACUGUCAUGCCGUCAACGAAUUGGGUAACGGACAAAUAGCCACUAUAGUUUUGGAGAUCCAUCAGCCACCACAAUUUCUUGCCAAACUGCAACAGCACAUGACGAGACGUGUAGCCGAUACUGAUUAUGCGGUCACUUGCAGCGCUAAAGGUAAACCAGCGCCCAGCAUACGUUGGUUGAAGGACGGUGUAGAAAUCUUACCUGAACUGAAUCUCUAUGAGGUUAAGACGAAUCCCGACCAGGGUCCCAACGGCAUGGUGACUGUGCAAAGUAUGCUGAAGUUCCGCGGCAAAGCACGUCCAAAUGGCAAUCAGUUAGUGCCUGGCGAUCGUGGCCUAUACACGUGUCUCUAUGAGAACGAAGUGAACUCGGCUAACUCGAGCAUGCAAUUGCGCAUCGAACAUGAACCGAUUGUUUUGCAUCAAUACAAUAAGGUCGCCUUCGAUAUACGUGAGACCGCCGAGGUGGUGUGCAAAGUACAAGCGUAUCCAAAACCAGAAUUUCAAUGGCAAUUCGGCAAUAAUCCCUCACCGCUGACUAUGUCCUCUGAUGGGCAUUAUGAAAUUAGCACGACCACCGAUAACAAUGACAUCUACACUUCAGUGCUGCGCAUCAACUCACUCACACAUGCCGAUUAUGGUGAAUACACAUGCCGUGUUGUGAACUCAUUGGAUACCAUACGCGCACCCAUACGCCUACAACAGAAGGGCCCACCAGAGAAGCCAACCAAUACACGCGCCGUUGAUGUGGGUCCCAAUUAUGUAACGCUCAGCUGGGAUCCUGGUUUCGAUGGUGGUCUAAGCAAUACGAAAUUCUUUGUCAGCUAUCGACGUGUACCGAUGCCACGCGAAGAACAAUUGAUACCCGACUGUGCCACCAUAGCCACAAGCAACACGGAUUGGCUGGAAUUCGAUUGCCAACAUGAUAAUCCCUGCAAGGUGACCUCACUGGAUCAACAUCAAAGCUAUGCGUUCAAGGUGAAUGCGCUCAACACGAAAGGCAACUCACCGUACUCGAAUGAGAUUAUGACCACCACAAAAGUCAGUAAAAUCCCACCGCCACUACAUGUCACCUACGAUCCAAACACACACACUUUGGGUAUAAAUGUGGGCGCCACCUGUCUAUCGUUGGUUGCCAUCGUCGAGUCCAUGGUCAAUAUGGAUACACCGAUGGCGCAGUGGGAAGUUGUCGACACGGUGAAUUUACAGCUCUCCGGCAAUGGACCGACAUUCAAGGAGACCGUGAUUGAUCGCCACAUACCGGCAUAUCGCAGCGGCGGUGGACGUUCGUUGGGACACAAUCACAUUAGCGGUCACGAUGAUGGUGUCGGUGGUGGUGAUGGUGAUGAUGACGACGAUGAGGGUAUCGACAUGAACACACUCGCUUUGGCGGAUGAUAAUAAACCGACGGUGCGUGUGAAACUAUGCCUGCGGUCGAAUCAGGAGCACUGUGGCAAGCACACAAAUGCGGAGAUUGGCCGCACAUACAUAGCCAAGGCUUCCGCCCUGGCCACCCCCACACUGAUCGCCAUAAUCGUCUCGUGCAUUGUGUUCGCAUUAUUUGUCGGUUUAUUGUUGAUGUUCUGUCGCUGCAAACGCAAUCAAUCGAAAAAGAGUGCCGCCGCCAAGGAUUACGAAAUGGACUCGGUGCGACCAUCCAUCGUGGCGGCGCAACAAAGUCAGCCACCACCGCCAUAUUAUCCGGCAAGUGGACUCGAUAACAAAGCACUCGAGCAUUCGAUGGAUCUCGCCUUGGGCAUGGAGGACCAGAAGAGUGCACUCUACGCAACACAAAAUGGCUAUAGCUAUCAUCCGGGUAGUGGUGUCGGUGUCGGUGUUGGUGUUGGCGGUGGCGUUGUGGGUGUUGGUGGCGGCAUGCAAGGUCUAACGGGACACACGUUGCCGGGAAAUGAAUGGGUCAACAUGGGCUAUAUUGAGAACAAUUACUCGAAUUCGAACAAUGGCGGCAGCGUCAAUUCACAGGAUUCACUAUGGCAAGUGAAAAUGCCCGCCGCCACAGGCGGUCAACAAAGUAUGGUCGUACCGGCCACACACAACAACUACGUUGAACAUCAGCCCACCUACGGUUAUGAUCCACUGACGCAUGGCGGUUAUGGCGCAGUCGAUGAUUAUGCUCCCUAUCCACACUUGACGGCGACGCCAAGCCAACAUGGCGAUGAAUAUCAUAAUUUACGUAAUAGCCAAAAUCCAUCCAGACAGGAUUACUGCAGCGAUCCAUAUGCCUCGGUGCAGAAGCCGAAGAAACGUGUUGAUCAGCAUUUAGAUUCACCAUAUCACGACGUAAGCGGCCUACCCAAUCCCUAUAAUAUGGAGCAUAUGGAACAGGAUGAAGUGAUACCACCACAGCAGCACAUGUCACUGAGUUACGAUGACAGUUUCGAGGGUGAAUACUCGUCAACGCCCAAUUCACGGAAUCGUCGCGUCAUACGCGAAAUUAUCGUCUAAUAAAUAGUAGAUAAUAGAUGCCUAAAUAGAAAGUGGAAUUAAGCGAAAACCGUUAUACAAAUAGGUAUAAAUUACAUACAACAUUUGAGCAGGAGAGGGCGGGGGAAGAGAAAGUGUGUGAAAAUGUGUAUAAAAAAAAGUGCAGCUAAGCGAAAAAGAAAUUUUGAAAUUUAAAUUAGCGAAAAACGCAUAAUACACACACACAAACAAACAAACAAGCCAGAAAUAUUUAACGAAAUAUUUUAUAAAUUUUUAUGUGUUAUUUUUAAGCAAAUAAGUAAUAUACAUAUGGUAGAGACCGUAAACGAAAUUUAUUUACAAAAACAAAAAAAGUGGAGUAAAAUCAAAAUGAGAGCACCGUUAACUAACAAUACGUGCACACACACAAGUAUCAUACAAACACAUACAUGCAUACAUUAUCAACUCACAUACUCAUACACACAUACAUUCACAUAUGCAAUGCAAAUUCGCACUGAUUGUUAUGCUUUGCAAGCUGAAAUCUCAACUUGUGCAACCAUUCUGCGUGCACUCACUCAACGCAUUUGAAUAAUUGGCAAUGCAACAAUUGCGAAUGGGUGGCAACAUCGUUAAUGUGCGCUAUCUAUAUGCAUAGUUGGCAGCCAACCAAUUAUUUGAGUGAGUAAAUUUGCAUGCAUAUUUUUUAUAAAGAAAAUUUUUAUAAUUUUUUCUAAACACACACAUUCAUGCACUCACACACUCAUUAAUUUCAUGUUCACUCACUCACUCACGCAAAUUUCUCAUCAUGCAUUUCACAACUCUGCACUUAUUGAAUGCGUUUUAUGCUACACACACUAACUGUUUUACCCAACGAAGUAAGAAAAAAUAAAUAUUAUUCAAAAAUUCAACGAAAAACGAUAAAUUACGACAACAACAAAAAACAUAUAAAACAACGUAUUUGAAAGUUGCCAUUUUUUUAUAACUUUUAGUGUAUAAUUAAAGUAUAUAAGUGAAAUAAUUUUAAUUUUUUUUUUUUUUUUUUACGAAAAAAUAGUACGAAAAACUGCUACUAAUUAAAAAAGUGUAAAAGUAGUAGUUUAAGUAGUAGUAGUGUUAGUGUUAUUGGCGGGUCAAACACGCGUUAUUUCAAUUAUAUUUUCAAGUUUGAAGCAUAGCCAUAGGCGUCCACGGUGUACUUCAACUGUCGGUAUGUGUAUGUGUUUGUGUGUGUGUGUGAGCGUGCUUGUGCGACACUUGCUGCUGUGACAGUGGCAUCACCAAAAAUCCAUAAUUUCGACUGUAAAGCAAACAAAAAAUAUGAAAAAAAUCAAAAAUUACAAAAAAAAAAGUUGUUAAGCC